AUAAAGUUUUUUUUAGAGGCUCUUUUUAUUUCCAAAAUGGCGGAGUACGAUCUGACCACCAAGAUCGCACAUUUUUUAGACCGGCAUUUGGUCUUUCCGCUGCUGGAAUUUCUCUCUGUCAAGGAGAUCUACAAUGAGAAAGAACUUCUCCAAGGGAAGCUGGAUCUUCUCAGCGACACUAACAUGGUGGACUUUGCCAUGGAUGUAUAUAAGAACCUCUAUUCUGACAAAGACAUUCCACAUUCAUUAAAGGAGAAAAGAACCACAGUGGUGGCCCAGCUGAAGCAGCUCCAGUCUGAAACUGAGCCUAUUGUUAAGAUGUUUGAAGAUCCAGAAACUCAGAGACAGAUGCAGUCCACCAGAGAUGGGAGGAUGCUGUUUGAAUAUUUAGCAGACAAACAUGGUUUUCGUCAGGAAUAUUUGGAUACGCUGUACCGUUAUGCUAAGUUCCAGUAUGAGUGUGGCAACUACUCGGGGGCCGCAGAGUAUCUUUACUUCUUCCGUGUGCUUGUUCCCUCCACGGACAGGAACGCUCUGAGCUCUCUCUGGGGCAAACUGGCAUCCGAGAUCCUCAUGCAGAACUGGGAGGCAGCCAUGGAGGACCUGACACGUUUACGAGAGACCAUCGACAACAACUCGGUGAGUUCUCCUCUUCAGUCGCUGCAGCAGAGGAUGUGGCUCAUACACUGGUCUUUGUUUGUCUUCUUUAACCACCCCAAAGGCAGAGACAACAUCAUCGAGCUGUUCCUCUAUCAGCCCCACUACCUGAACGCAAUUCAGACUAUGUGCCCUCACAUUCUGCGCUACCUGACCACGGCCGUAAUCACCAACAAAGACGUGAGAAAGCGACGACAGGUCCUCAAAGACCUGGUCAAGGUCAUCCAACAGGAGUCAUACACGUACAAGGAUCCUAUCACAGAGUUUGUGGAGUGCCUCUACGUUAACUUUGAUUUCGACAGCGCUCAGAAAAAACUGAGAGAGUGCGAGUCGGUGCUGGUGAACGAUUUCUUCUUGGUGGCCUGCUUGGAGGAUUUCAUUGAAAAUGCGCGGCUGUUCAUCUUUGAGACGUUCUGCCGGAUCCAUCAGUGCAUCAGCAUCAGCAUGUUGGCAGAUAAGCUGAAUAUGACCCCCGAGGAGGCCGAGAGAUGGAUCGUAAACCUGAUCCGCAAUGCCAGACUGGAUGCCAAAAUCGACUCUAAACUGAUUCACAAGCUGAAUAUAAUCCCUUAA